CGAAGCGGGUGUUCUGUUCCAGCAAGCAGAAGCAAACGCAGACGCAGAAUCAGAACUGCGGUAGCGUGCGGUUGUUGGGGGAAGAAGAGAGAAAGCGAUGGCGAAUCAGGGUGCUAAGAAACGCAAGGAAGAGAACGCUCGUCACAUGGCUAGGCUCCGCCAAAUCAUCAUCGCCUGCAACGUUAUCUAUGUGUUGCUAAGAAUGUUGGUGUUCCAUUCGAGCUUCACCUGGAAGCACUGGAUUGGGUUGAUUGUGACUUCUUUGGCAUAUGUUAUUCCCUAUCAACAGCUCGCGAAGAUGGCGACCCCUGCUUACGCUGAAGAUGGUGAACUUUUAGAUGGUGGAUUUGAUAUGUCUACAGGUGGAGUUUGUGGAUAUUUACAUGAUGUUAUCUACAUAACAUGCUUUGUGCAAGUCAUGUCCAUCGUCUCUGGAAAGUUCUGGUACACAUAUCUUGUGAUACCGGCUUUUGGAGCAUACCAGUCCUUUGGUUUCAUUAAAGGAUUUUUGCCAGGGGGUUCAGAGGAAUCAUUUGAAGAUGAAAAGACCCGCAAGAAGAGAGAAAAGAUGGAGAAGAAGGCAUCGAGACCCAAGUUUGCCAAGACAAGAACUAGAUAGUUUAGUGUAGGGCACCCAGUUACCCAAUGUAACUCAAUAUCCAAGAUUGAUGGAGGUUGCCCUGAAACUUUCAACUUAUUGCGAACACAUGCUGCACAAAGUCUGAGUUGUAUUUCAUGUAUUACAAUUUACUUUUUAUGCCCUCCAAGAACAUGUGUGCUUACACACAGUUUAGAUAAGUAUUUGGAAAAGCUAACCUCUAUGGGAUAUUGGGAUUAAGAGUUGUCAAUUACGGGAAGAUUCAUCAUCUUUAUCAAAUGACUCAACGUUAGUGAAUGACGUGGAAUUGCUUAAAUGGAGUUUAACCUCCUUGUUGGAAAUCUUA